AUGCUGUUUUCAGGUGAAUCUGGUCUUGGAAAAUCAACUUUAUUAAACUCACUAUUUCUGACGGAUCUCUACACAGCUGCAACAUUUCCUACAACUGAAGAAAAACUUGCUAAAACAACAGAGGUAAUAUUUCCCAUAGUCUAUGAAUGUGUGCAGUUUAUGUAGAGGCCAACAUGCGUUGCCAACAGAAUUUUCUUUCUAAUUAAUAUCAUCUUAUUUCUGAUGUACUUCUUUUUUUUUAAAUUUAGGUGCAGGCAUCCACAGUAACACUAAAAGAAGGUGGUGUCACGUUAAGGUUAACAUGUGUGGACACGCCAGGGUUUGGUGAUGCAGUUGAUAAUACUGACUGGUAUGUAUGUUGCAUCUUACCCUGAACUUAGAAUCAAUGAUUUAGAUUAUGCAUAUGAGUGGAGAUGUAACGUGCUACAAGCUGCAACAACGUGUGGUCAUGAAAUUUUAGUUGCAAAUACCAGCUUCAGUGGCGGAAAUUCACUUUUUCCUUUGGAGGGGGGCAAAGCCUCCUAAAUUUCUGACAAAACUUUCAAAUUUCCGACAGCAUGCCCCAUUUGCGCUCGAAAGAGACUGUUUUGGCCCUCUUUUGGGUCACAAUUUCUGAAAAUUCAUCAAUUUUCGUGAAGAUUGAAACCCUACCCCACAAGAUUUCGCCACUGACCAGCUUCUUGAAUGUACUAGGAAAAAAACAAACUAAAUUUUUUUUACAUCUGCACCCCUCUUCCCCUCACUCACCCCUCCUCCACUCACUCCCUCCCCCAAACCACCCCCACCCCACAACGACUCAGUCUUCAGUACAUGUUACUGUGUUUUUUACCCUGUGAAAUGCCAGACAUUGUUUUGUCAAGAGGAAAGUAUUGGGUGUUUGUGUAUUAAAGAUUGCAUGUGCCAAUAUGUCAUCCUUUCUUUUUUCAGUUGGAGUCCAAUAAGUUCUUAUAUUGAAUCAAAAUUCGAGGAAUAUUUAAAUGAAGAAUCGCGAGUCAACAGAUCGGCAAUUGUAGACAACAGAGUGCAUUGUUGCUUAUACUUUAUAGCUCCAAAUGGGCACUGGUAAGAAUUCUUUAGCACAUUAAAUUUAUUUGGAUUUUUUGCCAUUUAAAAUGCCCGAAGUUUUAAAAGCAGAAUAAAAUAGUGAUUGGCCGAUUGUGCCACGAUCGGAAAUUAUCGCGGAUUAUUCGUGCAACAAUCUUCCCGAUAAUGACGUCAUAAUGUCAGUCGACUGAUUAAAGCCCGUUCUCCACUAGGCGAAUUUAUUCGCGCGAACAGAUAAAAAGUAGGAAGCGAUCCUACUUUUUUCAAAUUAAACUUGUCAUGGAAAACUUGCCCGUCUGCACGGUGCGUAAAUUUGAAAGAUUACGACGGAACCGGCAUUAUAUACCUGUCUAUAUAUUUAAUAAAAUUUUAUCCUCCGUAAUAUGUGGCCGGUCAAAAUGGCCGGCGAGGUAAAAAAGUGACUGGUCAAGAGGCAUUUUUGGCUGGUCAUUGUCCGUUGACCGGCCGUUAUUUUGAGCCCUGAAUCCUGAUUAUUCUACCGUAACUGAGUCGUGGGUAGCAGGGUGGGUUAGGAUUUGCCCCUAAGGCCCGUUUCAGACGGCGUACUUCUCAUGUGCCGAACUUAAUUGAUGAAUUAGGUACGGCAGAAGAGCGACGUAUGAAUCAAUUAAGUACGGCAGAAUUUGGAGCGGCAAAAGUUCGACACAAGUUCGGCAGAGCUUGUCGCAUUAUGCGACGUCGGAGCGACAUUGAUUCAUACGCCACUCCACUCAUGUGCCAAACUUAAUUCAACUUUAGUCUAAAAAUAAACUUAUUUAUUUUGAAUUUUAUUGAGGUUUCGCUGGCGAAUGCGCCCAACCUUGCCAAUAACAUUGUAUUUAGUACGCCGUUUGAAUCACUGCCGUUCUUGUGUCGCAUCUAAUACAAUUAAGUUCGGCACAUUAAGAGUACGCCGUCUGAAACGGGCCUAACUGACUCUUCCACUAUAGCUGUGCUUCGUGAUCAGACAUGAGUGAUGAGGUGGCUGCCAGAGGCGCCCUCAGAAAGCCUUCUAUUCGAUUGACCGUCCUUCACAAUUUAGCUCUAAGCGCGGGAAUUUAAUACAAAUAUAUAGAUAUAGUAAAACUUGAAAUGUAACCAGUCCAUUUGUUUCCCAGGAUAGGAUACCAUUUGCUGUGGUAGGGAGUAACACUGUCGUGGAAGUCGGAGGAAAAAAGCUGAGAGCGAGAGUUUACCCCUGGGGUGUAGCUGAAG